GGCUGCGGGUGGUGGGGGCCUUGAGGAGGGGGCCGGUGUCGGGAGAGGGAGGAGCCUGCAUAAGGGAGGCGGGCCAGGCAAGAGGAGGGAGCGGGCCCGAGCGGGGAAGGGGCUAAACCGACUUGGAUUCGCUCCCAUGGCCUUCCUGCUCCUGGGCUCUGCAGGGUAGACUCGUAUAUUUCUGCCUGGAUUCCCACCACCGAGGGUGGCAGGAGGCUCAUGGCCUGGGGAAGGGCUAAACCCUCUGCAGCUCAUGGCGACUGGCCUUGUCCUCCCACGUACACUCACCUCCUCUACCUACACCUCUUCUCUCGCUGUCCUGGGAGUAGCUUUAUGCUGAGAACCUGCCUCUCCCAGCUGUGUCCCAACCCUCUUCAGCCUGCAAACGCUGGCCAAGAACCUACCGGAGAGUUUUUCAUUAAACCUUACUCUGCACUUCAGUCAGCUUGUUGAUGAAGAGGACUGAGGCCCCACUUGGGGCACCUGUGAGCACCUGAUCACCUCUCACCUCUUACAACACUUAGUUCCCUUACCCUACUUCCAACAGCAACAAAAAAUCACCCUACCCUGUGGAGGGAAACAGGAGCCCAGAGGGAGUCCAUCAGGGCUUCCUUUCCACGACUGCUGACCCUUGCUUGGGCCUUGGUUCCCAUGGAUGGUGCAUGCUGGGCCCUGGCCUUAGUCCUAUGAGUCUGAGGUUGGCCAGCUACUUUAUUCCAGUGUCAUGGAGUUUUCCAAGCCUAAAGCCAGGCAGGAACUUGUGACAUUGAGGGCUGGAUUUGGAAUGGGUCCUGAGCUUUCAGGGCAGGUGGUCAGUCGGUCACACAGGUCUUAGUGUGGUUGAUAUUUGAGGUUCUUUGUAGCUAAGACGCUAGCUGAGAUUUGUAUUUUCCUUGGGUUCCCAUGAGGGAUUCUGGGACUUGUAGUCCUAACUACAAGUAGUCCAGAAAAGUCCUCAUGGCUUUUGAAGCUGAGAAGCAGCAGGCUGCUCUGAUCCCUCUGGCCCUGCUAAAGCUUGGAGUAUAGGAAGUCAUUCCCUCCUGUAGUCAGGGGAGAGUUUGGCUGACCUCAGGACUGGCCUCAAGAGCCCUGAUUAGGUACCAGCUGGGGGCCAAGGAUGGCCUGUAACCUUGUGUCUUCCUUCUGGUUGGUAGCAUUUCUGGGGACCACCAGCUGGCUGAGGCUCAGGGACAGAGACGGCUGCUCCAGCUAAAGUGGCCUCGGACCCCGCGUGGGCUGUGGAGUGGAUUGAACUUCCUCGGGGCCUCUCUCUGUCUUCCUUGGGAUCUGCUCGGACCCUCCGAGGCUGGAGCCGGUCCUCUCGCCCUUCCUCCGUGGACAGCCAGGACUUGCCAGAGGUGAAUGUUGGAGACACAGUCGCGAUGCUGCCCAAGUCCCGGAGAGCCCUAACUAUUCAGGAGAUCGCUGCGUUGGCCAGAUCCUCCCUGCAUGGUAUUUCCCAGGUGGUGAAGGACCACGUGACCAAGCCCACCGCCAUGGCUCAGGGCCGAGUGGCUCACCUCAUUGAGUGGAAGGGCUGGAGCAAGCCAAGUGACUCGCCUGCUGCCCUGGAAUCAGCCUUUUCUUCCUAUUCAGAUCUCAGCGAGGGUGAACAAGAGGCUCGCUUUGCAGCAGGAGUGGCUGAGCAAUUUGCCAUUGCAGAAGCCAAGCUCCGGGCAUGGUCUUCAGUGGAUGGCGAGGACUCCACCGAUGAAUCCUAUGAUGAGGACUUUGCUGGGGGAACUGACUCAGACAUGGCUGGGCAGCUGCCCCUGGGACCCCACCUCCAAGACCUCUUCACUGGCCACCGAUUUUCUCGGUCUAUGCGCCAGGGCUCUGUGGAGCCUGAGAGCGACUGCUCGCAGACCGUGUCCCCAGAGACCCUGUGCUCUAGUCUUUGCAGCCUAGAGGAUGGGUUGCUGGGCUCCCCAGCCCGCCUGGCCUCUCAGCUGCUGGGCGAAGAGCUGCUCCUUGCCAAACUGCCCCCCAGCCGGGAAAGUGCCUUCCGCAGCCUGGGCCCACUGGAGGCCCAGGACUCACUCUACAACUCACCUCUCACGGAGUCCUGCCUUUCCCCCGCUGAGGAGGAGCCAGCUCCCUGCGAGGACAGCCAGUCGCUCUGCCUACCACUGGUGGGCAGUUGGCAACAGCAGCGGCAAGCCUCUGACGUGGCUUCUUCUGGGGUGGUGUCCUUAGACGAGGAUGAAGUGGAGCCGGAGGAACAGUAACCCAAUUUAUGCCUGGUGGUGGCAUGUGUCCCCUGGCUGCUGCUGGGGGCAGAGCCUCUGUGCCCAAGUGUGGGCAUGGGGCUUCCAGCAGAGCUCCAAAGCCUAGAGGGCUCCUGGGAGCACUCACUCCUCAUUGUGUGUUUUGCAUGAAAGUGUCUGGAGAGGAGGCAGGGGCCAGGCUGGGGGCGCAUGUCCUGCCCCCACUCCUGGGGUUUGCCGGGGGUUGCCCGGGGCCCCUGGGGCAUGGCUACAGCUGUGGCAGACAGUGAUGUUCAUGUUCUUAAAUCAAAAAACGCCACAUACAUAUUUCCUCCUCAGAUGACGUGAACCCCUGAGGGGACGGUUGUGACUGGGCUGUGUGGGAUAGAGCAGGAGGAAGCCCGGCCUCCCCCUGCCUCUCUCCUCUCUGCUUCUCUCCUCACCUCCAAGUCCACAUGCAGUGCUUGAUAGAUCACCCCCACCCAGGGAGCCUAAGGAUUGAGCUGUCCCUCAGGGCCCCUUCUCCCAGCUGGGCUCGUGCUGUGCUUCACCUCUUCUUCAUCAUCUCUAAACCACCUUCUUUUUCCUAAAGAAAGAGGGGUUUUGUAUGUUCUUUCAGCUGGAUCUUCUCGGAGGCAUUGGAAUGAUGAAAGUAUGUACCCUCCAUCCUUUUCCUGGCUGCCCUGAAGGGGUCUGGGUCCUUUCCCAGCCCCGUGUAGUAUGUGUGGGCACGGGCCUGGCGGCUCCCAGGCCAUCAGGCCGCUGCAUUCACGGAGUUCUUUAGGGUGGAAUUGGAAGAAGGGGACAGCUGUGGUUGCUACGGAGCCAGUGACUUCAAUGUUCUUCCAGAGAGGGCCACCAGGGGGCCACACUGGUGGCCAGGUAGUUGUAGCUGAUGCCUGAGCAGGGUAGGAAUUGUGCCAAGUGGUGACAGUCAUGAGGGAGUGUCUCUCCUUGGGGAGGAAAAGAGAGUAGUGCCUUUCUUGGCUGAAGGAGAGGCCAAGGCUACAGAACUGGGGGCCUCUCUCCCAGCCAUGGUGUUGAUGAACAAGCAGUGGGGGCCACUGCAGAUCCUGCAUUCCAGACCCUCUGGAGUUGUCCGGCUGGGGGGUGGGGGGCUGCAGCUUUCGGGCCUUGUAGGGUUCGCAGGUAAGAGAGCCCAAGGUAAGAACAAGAGCUGAUGGGCACAGGCAUUCUAUAUAUAAGUGGCUCAGUAGGUGUUUAUUUUGUUCUAUUUAAGAAUUUGUUUUAUUAAAUUAAUAUAAAAAUCUUUGUAAAUCUCUA